AUGUUUUCCCUGACACCGGUGUUGGUAGCAGUUGUGUGCAUUUUGAUUGUGUGGAUCUUUAGAAAUGCUGAUGGAAACAUCGAGAAAAGGAAGGAGUUGGCUAGAAGCAGGGCAGAGGUUCGACCCUGGGUGGAUGAAGACUUAACAGACAGCUCUGACCUCCAGCAAGCGGAAGAAGAUGCUGAUGAAUGGCAAGAGUCAGAGGAAAGUGUGGAACACAUCCCAUACCUGCACACUCGGUACCCUGAGAAGGACAUGGUGAAGAGAUCCAAGGAAUUUUAUGACCUUCUGAAUAUGCGACGGUCUGUUAGGUUCAUCAGUAAUGAGCAAGUGCCAAUGGAAGUCAUCGAGAACGUCAUCAGAGCCGCAGGAACAGCCCCAAGUGGGGCCCACACAGAGCCCUGGACCUUUGUGGUUGUGAAGGAUGCAGACAUGAAGCAUAAGAUUCGGGAGAUCAUAGAGGAGGAAGAGGAAAUCAACUAUUCGAAAAGGAUGGGACAACGAUGGGUUACAGACCUGAAGAAACUGAGAACUAAUUGGGUGAAAGAGUACUUGGACACGGCUCCUGUUUUGAUCCUCAUUUUCAAACAAGUACAUGGCUUUGCUGCAAAUGGCAAAAAAAAGGUCCAUUACUACAAUGAGAUCAGUGUUUCCAUCUCCUGUGGGAUCCUCCUGGCUGCCCUGCAGAAUGCAGGGCUGGUGACGGUCACCACCACGCCUCUCAACUGUGGCCCCCGACUGAGGGUUCUCCUGGGCCGUCAGCCACAUGAAAAGCUGCUGAUGUUGCUCCCGGUGGGGUAUCCCAGCAAGGACGCCACCGUGCCCGACCUGAAGCGCAAGCCCCUGGCGCAGAUCAUGGUGACCGUGUAG